AGCCACUUCGUAGCAUUAUAUAACGUAGGUGCUAGCGAUGCUACCCGCACCGUCUUAUAUACCCAACUUGAAGGUAUCAUUUUCGCCAUGGCUUCAACAGACACUGGCAUGCCGCUCGAUGCCGCUGCCAUCAUGUCAACAGUUCUGGAAGGGAUCUUAUAUGGCUUUUCAGUUCUCAUGUUUAUAGGUACAAUCUGGACAUUCACCUAUAAAAAACGCAUGAGGGACGUCAAUCGGCCAAUCGCUGCGGUUGCUGUCUUUCUGUUUUUACUGAGUACUAUGCACAUGGUCAUAGACAUUAUUCGGGUCGAAGAUGGACUGGUGAAGUAUCGUAAUACUUUCCCAGGCGGCCCAGCGGCAUUCUUCGCAGACUAUACCCAAAAGACGUAUGUGGUCAAGACUACGGUGAUUCUCAUGCAAACUCUGCUUGCCGACGGGGUAGUGGUCUAUCGAUGUUACGUCGUUUGGCAAUCUGUCCGGGUUGCCAUCCUACCAUGCAUGAUGUGGUGUGCAAUUGCAGUGUGUGGGAGUUAUAUGGUCUACGACCUUUCACUGGCUAGUAAUGCCGAAAGUGUCUUCACUAACCAGACUGGACGUUGGGUCGCGGCGUUCAUUGUCUUUACCUUUGCAACCAAUUUGGUCAGUUCAGGAUUGCUGGCAUACCGCAUCUGGACGAUCGAACGCAAUGUCUCUACAACUCGUACCAGGAGGGGUAUAAGGCCUAUUGUGCGCGUGCUUGUGGAUGCUGCUGCUUUAUACUCUGCGACCACCUUCUCUGCGAUAAUAUGUCUUGCCCUUUCGAACAAUGGCACGUAUGUCAUAGGAGAUUUGAUUAAUCCGAUCAUCUCGAUUGCCUUCUACAUGGUGUUUAUUCGCAUCGCAAUCA